CUCUAUCCGUGGGAUUCCCAUAACUUUGAUAAAUGAUAAGAAACCAGGAUAAGAUAUGAUGUCCAUUUGGAGGGACAUUACCAGAUUUCACUGAAACCCAACCAAAGCUCGGAAACUAGCUAACUACUGCUCAAAGACAAUCAAAUUUUCACUUCAAGGGUUUAGUUUAUGCAAUUAGUAUAUCAGCAAGAAUGGUAGUUCUGGCAAGCAGUGUAAGUAUGAGUUCAACAACGGCAAUGAUGGGGAGUACCUUUCUUUAUUCCCAACAACCUCAGAAACCCUUUUUCAUUUUGCCAAAAUCCAGAAACACUACUCAUUCUCUCUCUCUUUCUUCCUUAUCCAUUGGUGGCAUUCCUCCUUCCUCUCUUAGAACUCCUGCUGUCGCCGUCGCCGCUGCCGCUGAUACCACCCAAUCUAGUCCUUCCUCCACUCAGGAUCAAACAACUAAAAAAUAUUAUUUUGUGGUUGCAAAUGCAAAAUUCAUGCUUGAUGAAGAGGAGCAUUUCCAGGAGCAAAUGUUUGAGAGGCUUCGCUAUUUUGGAGAGCAAAACAAAGAGCAAGACUUUUGGCUUGUUAUUGAACCUAAGUUCCUCGAGAAAUUUCCUAAUAUCACUAAGAGAUUAAAGAGACCGGCCGUGGCUUUGGUUUCAACAAAUGGUACAUGGAUAACGUUCAUGAAACUGAGAUUGGAUCGUGUUUUAGCGGAAAGCUAUGAAGCUGACAGCAUAGAGGAAGCAUUGGCCUCAAAUCCCACUAAGUUGGAGUUCGAGGAGCCAGAAAAAUGGGUGGCCCCAUAUACAAAGUACAAAUCUGGCUGGUGGGAGUCGUUCUUGCCUCCUGGAUCCCAAAAACCUCAGGCUUAAUGUGCAUUAUCCCCCAAAAUUUUCCAAAUUGUGUAGAAGAAUCAAAUAUCUAGUGCUCAGUCGCAUGGAUGGUUGAGGUUUGUCGGGUUGUAAACCCUGUCGUGGAUAGUACGAAAAACCUGAUUCUCAUCUUUACUGGAAAGAUGGGGACAGGUUUUGAAGCUGGUGAAAUCACAGUGACAGCAGUUGAGGAUAGAAAAUAAUGCAAUGUUUGUGUUUGAUUUGGUGAGCGGCUAGAGGUUAUGUGGUGUUGUUGAUUGAUAGUUCGUAUAGGUGGUGGUAUUUUUAGGCAAUGUACUGAUUGUUUGACUACUUUUCCUUGAUUUCUUGUAUUUCAAAUUUUAUAGGUAAUAGUAUUUUCUUGUAUCAGAGAUCUUGGUAAGUGGUGAUCUUGAGGCAAUACCACCAAUUGGAUAUAUGGGCCAUGGUUCAUUGACA